ACCCAACAACAACCCAAUGCAUUUUCCCAAACCAAACGAGUCACUCCUAUCUUCUUCUUCUUCGUCUUCAUCGUCUCCAUCAAAACUACACUGAAUUCCCACUUUCUCCCCAUCAAUGGCGUCAAUUAACUUCAACCCAUUUGGGGAAAACUGGUUCAAGAAACCCCCAAACCCAUUACAACCCAUAAACCUCCACAAUCUUGUAGAAUCUUUAAACCCCUUCAAACCCCACACCCAAUCCAGUUCCCCCUUUGCCGCCAUCUCCAUUUCCAACCCAUUUAAGAAAAAAACCGAACCUGAACCCGAUUCCCGACGCCCCAAACCCGGAACCUACAAGAAAAUGCUCGAACAGUAUUACUGGGAGUGCGAAAACCGACCCGAUUACCGCCACACCCCGGAAGUUGAACGGAUUUUGAACGAAGACCCGAUUUUCGAAAAGAAAGAAAACCCGACCCGAGAAGAGAUUGAAGAAAAUGAGAGGUGGUUGAAGGAGUUUCGGGAGAGUCCGGUUGUGAAGUUUUUGGCCCGAGCUGAGGAGGUUCUUGAUGAGAUUAAUGAAAUGGAGCUUAAGGAGAAUUCGGAACCCUAUAGGUGGGAGGAUAAGAAGUAUUGGAAGUCACUUCCUCAUGUGAUCGGGCCGGAUGGCCGGCCGAUGCCUCGGAAAGCGAUAAAGACUAAGAAGGAAUCGGAUGAUAAGUUUUGGGAUUUUGCUAAGCAGUUUUUUUUCGGGUUGUGGGGAUUCAGGCAACGGCCGUAUCCUCCGGGCCGGCCCAUUGAUGUUGCUCAGGCUGUUGGGUAUAAGAGGCUUGAGAAGAGAUAUUAUGAUUUUAUUAUGAGGUCUGGUGGAUGGUACUACAAAGAUCGGAUAGGAAGAACAAGAGGACCUUGUGAAUUGAUACAACUUAAGACGGCUUGGGGUGCAGGGAUCAUUGAUAAAUAUACUUUUAUUUGGGGUGAUGAUUUGGAUGAGUGGGUCCCAAUUGGCAUGAUUUAUGGUAUGGAGCGUGCGGUCGCUACUUGGGAAGUGAGACUAGGUGCUGCAGCAACCGCUUUCAUUCAUAAAUUACAAAAGGGUAUACCUCCAUGGGUCCCACUAAAAGGGUUCGAGAAAAAAAGCCGUAAGCAGCUUCAAGAUGAAGCUUAUGAAAGCAAGAAACGCGAUUUAGCUGUACUAGAAGCUAACGAUGGAAUUUGGCCCGGUGUUAGAAUUCCGAGUCAUGCUCUGUUUCUUUGGGCCAGUGGGUCCGAGCUCACUUCGAUUUUGGAACAAGAUCACAUGCCUAACAAAUACAUCCCCAAAGAUAUGAGGAAACAGUUGCAAAAAGCUAUUCCAGGGUUGAGGCCAUGGGAGGUUUUAAGUGUAGAACAAGCUAUGGAUCAAAUAACAUAUAACGGUCAAUGGUACCGUGAGCCACUUGGUGCAUAUACAACCGGCCCACCAUACAUCCAGGACUGGAAUGAAGAUGUUGAGGACUUCAUUGACUCGUACCAGCAAUUCACAGAGCUGAUGUGUGAGUUUCUAGAAGAAGCCAUCCCGGGGUUCAGCAAGGUAUUGGAUAAAGUGGAUGCAGAAGCUGAGGAGAAGUUCCGCAGACGACAGGAAAGCGGGAAGAGGAAAAUAGAAGCUAUAAAGCGGGCCCGGCGCCCACAAAGAGUCGAUCCCAACGCCGAUGAGGAGGAUGAUUUAUGAGGUUACAUCUUUUUGAAAAAAACUGUUAUGGAUAGUUUGCAUCACAUAAAUUGUACUUGGGUUCAGUUUUUGUUGUAUGAUUUAGAUUUUGGUUUGUCCUUUAAUUUGGUUAUGUAGUCAUUUUUAUUGAAGAUA